AUGUUUCCCGCCUCCUUUUCCGAACCCGGACCUGCACCCCCCGCGCGCCGCGACUCCAACACGCCCUCCUACCAGCAGCAGCUCCUCCUCGCGCAGCAGCAGCAGGUCGCGGCUCAACAACAGCAACAGCAGCAACAGCAGGCGGCACAACAACAACAACAACAACAACAACAGCAACAACAGGGUAUGGUAAACAUGUUCCCGACACAGGCGGGGCACCAGCUGGACCUCAACCACCUGUGGCAGCAGGUCCAGGAGCUGAGCGCGAUUCUGGCCGCGAACAGAGAGAGCACGCAGGGGCUGGUGAGGAGGGCGGACGAGAUUCGGAAUAGACCGGAUUUGGUGAAUGUGGCCGGAGGAGCAGUCAAUGGGGUCAAUGGGGUGGUGGUGAAUGGAACAACACAAGCAGCAGAUCUCGAAGCCACCAACCAAACCCUCCGCACCGAGAACGCCGAGCUCCGCGCCGAGAACGAGGACCUCUCGCUGCUGGCCCAGGACUACGAGAGCGUGCUUGAAAAGGUUCUCGAAGGCCUUCGAGUCUACGCCCGCGACCACGCCGCAUCAACAAUCAACAUCCACCAGACAUACACGAACCAGCUCAACUCGGAGCGGGCCCAGAAUGCACAGCUGCGGCAGCAGGAGACGGAUAAUCAGAUGCGCCUGGCAACGAUAAGUAAGCUCCUGAGGGAGGCUUAUCGGGACGAGGGCGGGGAAGGGUUGGAGGUGGUGGUGGAGGCCCUGAAGGUCGAGAAUAGGGUGUUGAGAGAGGCGCUGGGAUUGCCUGUUGAGGAUGGGGAGGAGGGUCUUAGCCUGUAG